CAUAUACCUCAUCAUUACUACUUUCACUCUUCAUUCCUUUUACCGAGCGCACCAAACCUUCUGUGCUUACAAAAUUCCGCCCACAUGCCAACCCUUGACCCACCCUCUCUUACACCUCUGUUCAACUUGCCCCCAUCCGCUCCGCAAAUACCAAAAUUCAUCUCCUACCUUGCCACUUCCUCCACACCGUCCACGCCGGAUAUCAAAUCCUACCCGGACGCGAUCUAUCACAACUACUAUGACCUAGGCUUGAGUCUAUGUUUCUUACCAGAAAAGGGGUUAGAUUCGGUGGAUAUCUUCAAUUGCGAUCCCAACCCACCGGCCCUCAAACCAGGGAGGACGGUGACUGUGUACGCGCCUCCACCAGAGGUGACUAUCCAUUUUACAUCUACCACCCUGACGCUUCCCCCUCGGGAUCCUAAAUUCAAAUCGACAGAACCGCCGGAAAGCAUAGCGAGACCGCCUUUCAUUACGUUUACGCCUACCACGACAGGUAGGCAAUUGGUCAGUUGUCUCGGGGAACCGAGCCGGAAAGGGUCAGGAGGAUGGACCGGAGUGUGGUUAGAAUGGAAAAGAGUUGAAUUUAAAGUGGAUGGAGAAGGGAACAAGGGAGAGAUUGGUGUCAUGGUCGAGCUGAGAGAUCCGGGAGCAGCAGAAAUGACAGAAGAGGUGAUGAAGAAGGGUAUGGGAGGUGUAUGGGAAAGAGCAGCCAAAUGGGAAUGGAAAAGUCUAAAGUUGUUCAAGCCAGAGUGAGGAUCAAGAGGGAUAAGGAGGCAUAUUAUCGUUAUAGUCAUGCAUAUUCUA